CUUCGCCGACGACAGCUAUGCCCGCCUCUGCACGCAAGAGUAGCGUCGGCAACCUACGCCGCGCCCCACAGAAGUACAUUCCAUACCGCGCCGACGACUUCCAGCAUGGCAAGAAGACCGGCAUCGCGGUCGCCUAUGUCGACCACACCGACGAGUUCGAGCCGUUCGAGAAGGUCAUGAGCCAGGCCGACCAGCGCACACCCUUCCGUCCCCAGGGUGCCCGCAAGAAGCGUGGUCCCAAGACACCUGUGCCCGUCCCAGAGGAGCAGUUCGAUGAUGACGACGGGAACGGGGAGAUCUCAAUGGAGCUGGAUGAUGAUACCCCAGUCGGUCCGGGCGCUUACUUCGUGCAUACGCGUGUGAAUACCAUCACGUCGAGCGUACAGCGCGUUGGCUCGUCCUCCCGCCCCGUCGCGCACAACUCGGACGUCGAUUUUGAUGCUGUGCCUUCCCCUCGUGCCUCUCCGACGUACACCGCCAGAAGAGCCGCCCCAAACGGCCAUGGCCGCACCUCCGUUCCUUCUCGUUUGUCGCAGAGCAUGGUGGCUGCCGAGGACGACGAUGAGUCCGAUGUCGACGCGGGGGCCCCCAAAUACGACUAUGGCGGCUACGGGGACGACAUGGAAUUAGACGAUUCUCCGCCCCCGCCUCCGCAAAAUCCACGUACUCCGCGGUCUGGCCAAUCCUCUCGUCGCACAAGCUUUGCCAAUUUGGACCAAGAAGCUAGUGAGGAUGAGCGGCAAGCAGUCGAGAACGAUAUGGACUUCGGCCGUUCGCCAAGCGAGAAGGCGCGUGGGAAACAGCGUGCAAGUGCUGUAUACCAAGACCGAGACGAGGAAAUGGAGCCAGAGAUUGCGCAAGGUCUGGGGGAUAUCGAGCAGGAGCCCAUGAAUGACGAGCAGGAGGGAUCGGUGCUAGAGCCGGAGGAAACGGUGCUAGAGCAGCCGCGUGGGAAGAAGGGGAAGAAGGUACCCAACAGCAAGCGCAAGGAGAACGAAGGCGCAGCUCGCGGACGGCCACGGGCCAAGAGAGAAGUUCUACGUGAAGUCACCCCAGACGAUUCCAACGCCGAAGGUCUGCGUCGCAGCAAACGCAGGAGAUACUCCCCGCUCGCGUUUUGGCGACUGGAGAAAGUCGUUUACGGUCGCCGAGAGAAUGGGCCAUGCCUCGUUCCCAGCAUCAAGGAAAUCCACCGUAUACCUGAAAUCAAGGCUGAGCCACUCGGUGCACGAAGGCGGAGGGCCGGGGGUCGUAAGAAAGGCCGUAGCACCGCGACUGCGGAACCUGAGCCCCAGCAGGUGCUCGUGUAUGAUCCGGAGGAGGGCUGGGACGACGAGACAGAUCCGCACUGCAAGGUCCUAGAGUUCGGCACGGACGGCAAGGAGGUCGAGCGACGUGUUGCGUUCACCGCCAAGAUGAUUACCCCGAAGGCUGCUGCGCAGGGCGCGUUCUAUUUCCAGAAGAUCUUUGGCGAUGGUGACUACCUCGCCUCUGGCGUACUUUAUAUCCCUCCCAACUCUACGAAGCCGACGAAGAGCACGAAAGAUAACACCUUUGUGUUCUUCGUGAUCCAGGGGGCCGUGAAGUUUUGCGUACACCAGACGAACUUCAUCCUCGCUACGGGAGGAAUGUUCAUGGUCCCGCGAGGCAAGUCUCGGAACGUGUACUACAUUCAGAAUAUUUGUGACCGUGAGGCGAGACUUUUCUUCGCGCAAGCAAGGAAGAUGCCCGAAGACUAUAGAGAAGACACCGAAUCCGACUAUGAGGAACGUUCACGCUCGAAAUCUGUAGGAGGGCAGCGUCGCGAGGCGAGCCGUCGGGCAUCGUCCGAGACUGUCAAUGGUGAUGCGCCUGAGCCUAGGAAGCAGCGCAGGGGCACGUCUGCUCGCUGAUGCCAUGCUCCUGCUUUCGUCCCAAUCAUUCGUAUUCGCCAUCACACUAUCAUUCAUUCGACCAUGAGGAAUUGCACGAUUGCACCCGAAUGCGCAGUGUAUGCUAGUUUAGCUCGGUAGUUCGUAGUGUUGAUUCCAUGUAUGUACUCCACGCUUGUAGACAGUACUGAGUGUAUGUACCGAGCACACACGCACACACAACGUAUAAACAGCAAUGUAUAUCGCGACGGUCUGCGCAGACAAAGCAUUGACAACGGCGCAAGGCAUGCGCAAUAGUGGGUAGUCUAGUAUGAGAGCAUUAUGCAAAACGUAGACGUAGGCGCAUAUGCGUAUGACACAGUGCUAGUGUGCUGAUGAUCAUCAGCGGGUAACGAUGUGUGGUGAGUGCUAGAGAUCAGCUAUGUCAGCAACGUGGUAGGGUGUGGCAUUGGCUAAGUGCUGAGCUGAAAGGGGCGAUGCCGCGAGCAAUAUGCACGGUAAGUAAUCCAACGAACGACGGGCGAGAGACUUAAAAUAUAUAGACACAAACUAACUAAGGAGGACGCACUAAUGAGGGAUUCGUAGCCAAGAAGGAAAGAAGCCAAUAGAUAGAUACCAUCCGGCGAGCGACAGCGACGAUGACGAAUAGCGCGAGCAAAGUAAGACCUCAGAUCAUCCCAGACCGUAGCUGGCCUGGCUGGCCCAACUUCGGACGAGCAGGUAGGCUCUUCCGCGGCACCGAUGGGUUCGAAGGCAGGCCAUAACCAGCAGGUGGAAGCCCACGAGAAGCACCGCGUGGAGGAGCAGGAAGCGGUUGGUUGGGAGGUGGAGGGGGAAGCGGUUGAUUCGGCGGAGGCAAGGGAGGUUGGGGAGCAGGGCGGGGAGAGGUGUACGCGUUUGGGCCAGGAGGAAGGCCGCGAACGACGGGGGCAGCAGCAAUGGGUUCAGGAGGCAAGUUAUCGGACAUGCCGAUGUUGUCCAAGGCGGCGCUAAUGUCUGUUGUCGAGACACUUGCGAGGGACUUCCACGAGCCUCGGCGCUGCAAACUGGGCUGGCCUGGAGGGGGAAGCGGUUGCAGGUUGCCACUGCUCUGUGGCUCGCCAGGCACCGGAGGGGGAAGACCGCGGGGAGGCUGAGGUCGGGGAGGGAGUGGGAGGGGACGCGGAGGACGAGGCAGAGCACGGAGCCCGCCAUCAUCUUCAUCUCCGCUAGCUAUGGCAACAUCUGGGACCUGGUUACUACCAUCCUUCCGGUGCAACAGCCGGUCGGCGAAGUUGCUGGCGCGGCUGAAGCUGUUCUUGAACAUCCUUGAACUACGCACUGAGCCAGUAUCAUUGCCAAUCAUCUCGUAAGGGGGAGUCGGUGGCGUCGAGACCAUAACAGAGUCUUCCGACGACGAACCCACGCUGUCGCGCGAGUCUGGCGUCUGGCGCAGGUUGCCAGAGCUCUUUGCUCUCGACAGGAGGUUGCUCAGAUAGCCAGUACCCGUCUUCGGAGAGCCUUUCAGAGGCGGCACCGGAGGGGUAGAGGCCUGGCUGCGUGGUACCGGAGGGGUGGAGGUCUGGCUGCGUGGCACCGAGGAACCCGCCGCCGCACUCUUCGGCCGCGGUGGCAGUGGUAUCCGGACCGUAUUCGGAUCUGCGCUCAAGAACAAAGGCUGCAAUUGUGGUCGUGACGCCAGAUGACUGUCAACCGAUGGUCGUGCGGAACCGGUCUGAUCCAGCGAUGUACGUGACGACACUCGGUCCAAUGAAGGUCGUGCGGCAUCCGAGAACGACGGUCGCGAGACUUUACGCUCGAUGGUCCUGUCUGCUGAAGGUCGGGCAGGGAGAGGACGGCUCUCGUACUGGGAUGUCUGGGCGUAUUGAGACGAGCGGUCGUACUGCGACGUCCGCGAGAUGGUCGAGGCCCGUGAGACCAUGCUCGUCUCCUGAGACAGGCGACCGAAGUUGUCUCCAUCAUCAGGAGACUCUGGGAGAUCUUGCACAGGACGCGGUCGGUCAGCGUUAGGCGUGCCUCUGCGGUCAGGUGUACUGCGACCAACAGGCGGGGGAGGUGUCGACGUCGACGGAGGUGCCGGACGUGGUGGCAAUGCCUUUGCCUUCUUCUGGGGUGUACCACGAGCGUCCGCAAGACGUUGCUCCAGUUUCUGGGCGUCAGCAAGCAAGGCAGCGAGAUCGCUCAUGUUGGAGGCGUUCAUAGGUGUCGGAGAAGGAAGGUCCUCGUAUUGCUGAAUGAUGCUGACGGGACGACUCUUCCCUUCUACGACCUUCUCGUGCACCACUGCGUGGAAGCCCUUCGGGCCCUCGAGCGGUGUAAGAGCAGGCUCCUCGUAUGGCGUAAGGGGAGGAGGGGGGGAAACCGCCUUUGAACGUGACUUGGAAGAACGUGAGACCUUCCUCGACACGGGUCCCGAGGAUGAAGGCGACGUCGCCGAGUAUAUCGAACCCAAAGAAUACGACGAUAAAGGAGAAGACGUAGAUGAAUCACUCGCAGAUUGAGGCGCAGGAACCAACACGCCGCGAGUGACCGUUGGCGAAACAACCCGCUGCGCGUCAGUGACGAUGACAGCCUCCACGGGGGAAGGGGCGUGGCCUCCGGGCCUGUCAUUGGUAUGCUGCUUCGACACAGUCCCAGGGAUCACAACGGAAAGGGGUGGGAGGGAACUAUUGCCAAGACGGACGCUGCCGUCGCCGGGACUGAUGCUACCACUACCAUUAUCGCUCGAAUGAGGGAGAAGCACAGAUGAGGGAGGCGUGCUGCUCUCCGAGUCCAUUCCAAACGUCCCCCGUCGAAUUUGUUGCUUGAACGCAAGGGGCGAGUCUGGCCCCUCGGGGAUCGCAGGAAGUGCUCGUGAAUAUGGAACCGCCGGGGUCGCCGUGAGGUACGCAGAGUAAAUGUCGCUCGUGGGGGAAAGCGGUUCAGCGACUGGGCUGUCGGAAGACAGGAACUGGUUCGAUUGAGACGUAUUCGCAACCGACGAGACCUUCUCCUCCGCCUUCUUCUCGGGAGUCGUAGCAGACUUCGAAUCCUUGGCCGCCAAUUCUGCUUGCUGAUUGAUGUAGUUCCGAACCGCUAUGGACGACAGCGAAUUCCUAAGAGAGAACCGCUGCUUGACAGGCGUCGCGAUGUCGAGUACAUCUUCCUGGAGAAGCAACUGGUCGAGGAGGUCCGCUACAGUGCUGCCCGUCUGUUGAGGAGCCAGCCCAAGCGUCUGUAGGGUAUCGGCUGGGACGACAACGGACCCUGCGUCUCCAUUUCGAGUAGCACGAUCGAGCUCGUCGAUGACUGCUUGCACCGCAGGGUCAAGACCCUCGAUAGGAGCGGGCUUCGCAGGAGGCACCUCGGGAGCAGGAAUCACGUUCACGAGCACGGAAGCAGGAACUGGUUCAGGUUCGGGCGCUGGCUCCGAUUCUGGGGGUACUGGAGGCUCUGGUUCAGCGGGCACCGGAAGCUCUGCUUCUGGCGCAGGCGAAGGUAGGCGUGGAGGGACGUCUGCAGUGGGUUCUGAUGGCGCAUCACCGAUGGUUGAGGACUUUUCUGUUUGAUCUGUGGCCGGGCCAACAGUCUCGACCGCGACAGGUGCAUCGGGCUCCUGAGGGGCGUCCGUGGGUGCCUCCGUAACCUCGCCAUGUACCUCCGGCGCGGCAUCUCCGCCAACUUGCGACACGAGCGCAUCGAGGCUAGCCUGCUGGGCCUCCUCCUGAGACGCAUUGUUGCUUGGAGAGUCGGCGUCGCCGUCAGAGAACAUGUCACCUACGGAGUCUCCAUUGUCCGAGAAGGCGAAUGGCGAAGCUGGAGGACUCGGCGACGUCGCAAAGCGUUCCAACUCUUCGAGGCGGGAUCUACUUCGGGACCGAGUGGGUUUCGUGUCGGAUCUCGCGUUCGUGGGCACGGGUAGAUGUGGACGUGAGAGGCCGGGAACACGGUUACCAUACAGCUCACCACGUUUGACGGAAUUCGGGUCCUGCUGCACGGGCGGAGCAAAGCCAAAUCUCCCCUUGGGCUUCGGGACCGCACCCUGCUUCUCAAAUGAUGCUAUCCUAUCGCGGAGGGCAUUGGCUCCAUUCACGGCAUUGGCUUUGGGGAGGGUCUGAGAGGUACCAGACUUGGCAGCGGCAUCGGAAUUUGCGGCUUGCUGUAGCUGGAGGGCAGCGAUACGGGCUUUGAGGUCGACGGGCGGAACAGGUGCUCUGGCGGAGGUCAUUGAAAGAACGGCUACUAGAAAAGCAACGACAACAACGACGAAGACCACGAGCGACCCGCGACUGCAAUGGCCUGCUCGUCGAGCUGGGAGAAAGACGGAGGUGAUGAU